CAUCCUUCUACUCUUUCUUCUCCUUUCUCUCUGUUUCCAUUAAUAAAAGGAAACUUCCUUUUCCUACCAAACAAAGAGAUUGGGUGUUUCUACUUUCCUUGUUUCUUGUGUUUAUAUACUGUGUUUGUGAGAAUUGUGUAGUGUUCUUUUUUGUUGUUAUGGCGGGUGUUGGAGCAAGAUUGAAGGUUUUUAGGCCAUUGUUGUCAAUUUCUUGGAGUUUUCUUUUGGCUGCUAUAUUUGUUUCAGCUGAAAGAAGUUUAAAGAGAGAAAGUGUUGCACAUAAUGCAACUACUCACCAAUCUGAUGCUGAUUUACUUUCUUCUGUUGUCAAUUUCUUGUGGAAGCCUAAUGAAUCUGGUUACCAACAUGUUUGGCCGGAAAUGAAAUUCGGAUGGAAAAUUGUUGUUGGUUCCAUAAUUGGAUUUUUGGGAGCAGCAUUUGGGAGUGUAGGUGGUGUUGGCGGGGGUGGCAUAUUCGUACCUAUGCUUUCUCUCAUCGUUGGAUUUGAUCCAAAAUCAUCUACUGCAAUUUCAAAGUGCAUGAUCAUGGGAGCUUCGGUCUCUACUGUUUACUACAAUCUAAAGCUCAGGCAUCCAACGAUUGAUAUGCCUAUUAUUGAUUAUGAUUUGGCCGUGCUCAUCCAGCCAAUGCUGAUGCUUGGCAUUAGUAUUGGAGUUACUUUCAAUGUGAUAUUUGCUGAUUGGAUGGUAACAGUUCUGCUUAUAAUACUCUUCGUCGCUACAUCAACCAAGGCCUUUUUACGAGGGGUAGAGACGUGGAAAAAAGAGACUAUCAUGAAAAAGGAGACUGAGGCUGCGAAAAAGUCAGGCGCAAAUGGCGCUGGUGAAGACGCAGAAUACAAGCUCCUUCCUGGUGGUCCCAACGCUGACACUCAAAAGAAAGAAACAGAACCUGAACCUGAGGUGCCUAUCUUGGAGAAUGUUUGCUGGAAGGAAACUGGACUCCUCUGUAUAGUUUGGGUUGCAUUUCUAGGCCUGCAACUUGGCAAGAAUUAUACAGACAAUUGCACACCAACAUACUGGGUGGUGAAUCUGUUGCAGAUCCCAGUUGCCCUCGGUGUAUCAUCUUAUGAAGCUGUUAGCCUGUACAAGGGUUGGAGAAAGAUUGAAUCUAAGGGAGAAGAUGGAACUAACUUCCAGGUGCUGCAACUGAUGACUUAUUGCUUUUUGGGAAUAGUAGCUGGUAUGGUAGGAGGACUUCUUGGUUUAGGUGGAGGAUUUAUUAUGGGUCCUAUGUUUUUGGAGCUGGGUGUUCCUCCUCAGGUUUCAAGUGCCACUGCCACCUUUGCAAUGAUGUUCUCCUCAUCAAUGUCUGUUGUAGAGUAUUACCUUAUAAAGCGUUUCCCAGUUCCCUAUGCUGCGUACUUCGUUGCCGUGGCAACUGUUGCUGCUCUCAUUGGGCAACAUGUUGUGAGGAGGAUGAUUGUGAUACUAGGAAGAGCAUCGCUUAUCAUCUUCAUCCUUGCCUUCACAAUAUUUGUCAGUGCAAUUUCACUAGGUGGGGUUGGUGUCUCAAACAUGAUAGGGAAGAUCCACCGCCAUGAAUACAUGGGCUUCGAGAACCUUUGCAAAUUUGAUCCUUAAUUAUGUUUUGAGUCUAGGUGAAGCAAACUGGUCGUACAUUAGUGCUUCGCUAAUUCAAAGUAUUGGCUUAAGUUGGAGAACAAUUCUUGGCUUGGUGGAGGAAGACAACCACCAUAUCAAUUUAGCUAGUUCAGUUCUACAUUAGAUAUACACCGGCAAUGAAUCUGCUGUGGAAGAUUUCUGCUCUGGAGAAAUCUACUGUGGUAUAUUUCUGCUGUGGGUGUUUUCAUCAUUUUCCCGUGAUAAUGUGGGACUUUGCCCCUGUUGUUGUCAUGUCUGCUUAAAUGAGAUUCAGUUUUGUGACUAUUGAACACCAGAAAUAAUCGAGAAAAGAGAGAGAAAUUCUUAAGUCAUUUAAUUUGUAACACUGUGUUAUCUUGGUGUAAAACACUACUGUGGAAGAUAGUCUGAAUUAUUAUUGAUUCGA